AUGUCCUACAACAAACAACAAGGACAAGCCAGCGAGCGAUCGCAAAGAUCCGUUUUCGUUGGAAACAUCAGUUACGAUGUCACCGAAGAAACGAUUCGACAGAUUUUCACAAAGGCCGGACAUGUUUUAUCGAUCAAAAUGGUGCACGAUAGAGAGACCGGAAAACCAAAGGGCUACGGAUUUAUCGAAUUCCCAGAUAUCGCGACGGCUGAUACUGCGAUUCGUGUUCUUAAUGGUUACGAAUUGGGUGGACGUGUGCUUCGCGUCGACAGUGCUGCCGGUGGAAUGAAUAUGGAGGAGUUUGGAUCAUCAAACAACGGACCAGCGAUAGUUGAAGAGAAUCCGUAUGGGCCGGAAUGUGACGCUGGAAAAGCGCCGGAAAGAAUUUCCCAAACUGUAGCCUCUCUGGCUCCUGAAAAAAUGUUCGAACUGAUGAAACAACUACAAGAGGCUCUGAAAAACAAUCCAGCUGAGCUGAACAGCAUUCUCGUCGAGAAUCCACAACUCUCGUAUGCCGUUCUUCAAGCUGCCGUCGUUAUGAGAAUCGUUGACCCCCAGACCGCACUAGGACUUCUUCAUCGAAAUAAUCCUGCAACGAUGAACCCGUUCCAUCAAGCUGGAAAUCCAGCGGGACCAUCAAUGGUGCCACCAGCACAGCAGCAGCAAAUGCCACUUCCACUUCCACCAAAACCCGUUUUCAAUCAUCCAGCUCCUGGCGGACCACCAAUGGGACAUCCACAAGGACCACCACAGUACAAUCGGCCAGGAGGACCACCAUACAUGCCACCACCACAAGGAUUGCCACCGAACAGACAAAUGGAUAGCCACGAGGAAAGAGCAAAUGCGGAGCUCCUGAUGCAAGUCAUGCAACUCAGCGAGCACGAUCUGCAAAUGCUUCCAGCUGGAGAUCGAGAGAAGAUCAUCGAGCUCAGACAGCAGUUGAAGAGAAAUGUCAAGUGA